AUGGCUCAGGCAUCUCAUGCACGCUCGCUGUAUCGCCGCCUCCUACGCGAACUCCCGUCUCGCUCCCCUUCCACCCUCGCCAACCCAUCACCACUCCAACGCCACAUUCGAGCCGACUUCCAAGCCGACACCUCCACCGCCUCUCUCCAACACCAGACGCAAAAGUCGGCCCAAGCCAGACUAGAAGAAGCAGAGCAAUAUGUGCAGUAUCUCAAGGCACAGCGAGUGUACACGACGUUGCUGGAGAGAUACAACCCGGGGAUGAACAUGGAAGAGGAAGAGCGAGUGCGUCUGACGGCCAGGCGGGUUGGCCUGGACUUGCCAAUCGAGUCGAUGCCUCCCGACGGCAAGGGAAAUUGA